CUUUUCCAACCUGAGGGCCAUAUCCAAAGGAGGGUCACAUGCUCUUCUCACUCUCAUUCACAACAUAACACCUUUUCUUCUCUUUUAUGUGAGACACAAGAAGAGGGCUCUCUCCCCUGUGUCUCUCUCUCUCUCUGGUGUAAGCUUUGGUAAUGGUGUAAAGCCUUGAGAAGAGCCUCCCUCAUCUUCUUUUUGGAUUGGUCAGGGAAGGAACCAUGACUGUUGUGAACCAUAACAGAGCUGUAGUAUCAUGAAGGGUAGGAGGGCUGAGGUUCUCUUUUUUUCUCUGCUAUCUACUUGUGCUGUCUGCGUUUUUUGGAUUUUGUUUCUGUGGGGUCUGUUUUAUUCCUGAUGAGAGUGUGAUUGUGCUAAAUUUCGGGGAAGAAUGGGGGAAGAUAGCUGGGGGUUGGCACCUUCCGGAGCUCCUUUGAAUGUUCAGAGAGAGGAGCACUGGAGGCAUUUUGAUAACUCUGUAAAUGCGGUUUCUUUUGGGUUCGUUGCUACUGCAAUUCUCAUAUCCAUGUUUCUUGUUAUGGCUAUCUUCGAAAGGUUUCUCAGGCCACGAUCAUCUUCUCUGUCGGGUUCCGGUGGUCGGAAUCGUGGAGAUCUCGAGUCACAGCUCACCUUCAAUGGAAAGCUUGAUCACCCAUCACCGAAAAUGACAGUGUAUGCUAAUGGGGUUUCAGUGCUAAUGCCUGGAGAAGAAAUUCCUACAUUUAUUGCUCACCCAGCACCUGCUCCAUGCCCACCAGAGCGCAUCUUACGGCCUCCCCAUCAACAUAAAGCAUUCAGUAGCCCUACCUCAAACAUGAACUCAAAUUCAAUUUGAACUGGGGCAGAAAAUGAAAACAUGUACCAUGUACAUCAAAUGCUAGUUUUGAACAGAGACCAAAUCAGAGCAAAUCUGGGAGAAAAGAGUUCCAUGGACAGAUACGUAAUGAGUACCUGGUGCUUGAUGACUGAGCUCUAAGUCACCUCUCUUUGCCAUGUGUUCUAAUGUUUAUAUUGCAUUUUGUGAUUGAAUGGGGCUGGUUUUUAAGAUAUCCCGGCUUAGGUUCAGAGGAUCAAAUUUAACUUUCCAAUUGAUUUAAUCUGGCCUCCUUGUGUUUUUCCUCAUUUUAGAUUCUCUUGCAGUGAUCCAUAUACAAUAUGGGUGGGAUUACUUCUCUGGCCAUGGAGAACCUUCGAAUUUUGUAUAUGUAAAAAAAAAUUAGUGGAUUCUGGAUACCACUGUUAA